AUGCACUCAAUUAUUUUGUUGACUGCUAUAAUAUAUAAAAAUUUUUACUAUUAUUUAAAUUAAAGGCAUACAUACAUUUUAGUAUAUUAAUUAAGAAUUAAAUAAAGUACUUUUUUUUUUAAUGUUAACAUCCAAGUAGACAAAAAUGAAGAGUAGACUUCCUUUAUUUCUUAUUUUUUCUUAUUUAGUGAAUUCUUGGGACUACUUUUGUUCAUUCUUCAAAGGCCUUUAGAAAUAGCAUAUUCAUAAUAAAAAUUUAUAUAAAGAGGAUAUUUUUGCCACGAGUCGAUGAGCACUGCCUGUUGA